GAAGAUAAAUCAACGUGCAUCAGCCUUCUUCUAUUCUCCUCCCUCAGUUUUCACCAACUUAAACCUUAAGCCUCCAGGCUGCAGCACUAGUUAGAACUCCCACCUACCUAGAUAGUACGCACACUACUGUGAGCGGCCCGAGCUGCAUCCCAAUUUCGCUUCGCCCUUGUCAUUUCCAUCCAGGAGGACAGCCGGGUUUUUCUAAACAAGGCCGAGCAGCAGCAGCGGUGGAAACUACCACUCUCCAGCUGGCAGACACUCCCUCCCUCCUCCCAUUCACUCGACGGGGACAACACAAGAACAACAACCCAACGACCCACCACCACGGGAGCAAAAAUGUUCAACACCCUUCUCGACCUCCUCAAAACCUCCCCCUUGAACUUCUGCUGCAUCGGCUCGCCUCCCGAAUCGCCGCGGCUGACCCCGCGAGUCGUAAUCACCCGCUCCCCCUCCCCAGAAACCUGCGGAAAAGCGACCACGACAUCCGCAGUUCCCAGCAGCCGCCGGCGGCUCGACCCUCGCGGAGCCCGUGGCCCCUUCCCCGUCACCGUCGAGCACCUCGAAGAUGUCAUCGAAGACGUCGUGAUCGCGCCCGGCGUGGCCGAGGCGCAGCGGGCUGUGGUCGUUGCGUCGCCUCCUGCCACGGCAAAGGGGAGGAGUGUCAGCGAGAACAACAUCACUGCGAACGCUGGGAAGAGGAUGAGUGGGAUCGGAUGGCAUGGCCGCCAUUCUAGCAGCGACUCCAAGAUGACAAAGCCGAAAACUCCUAAGACUCCAAAGACGCCGAAGAGGAAACAUGCCAGGGGCGUGUCCGCGGCGAGCUCGAGGCCGCCUAUCACACCCGUCAGGCUCAAUGGUCAUGCUAGGCAGAUUAGUAAUGCUUCCAUCACGAGUAUGGGGAGUGUUUUGGGCGAAGAGAUGAAACGCGGCUAUCUAAGCGCCAUCUGGAUGCUGGAGCGAGAUGAUCAGGAGGCCGCCGCCCUGGGGCGGUAAUCCAUACAGCUGGCUGUCUGUUGGGGAGGGGGGAAGUGGACGGUGAUUAAUGGACAGGUCCGGCACGUGGAGUUCGGCGUGGGAGGAGUUUGCAAUUUCUUAACGGCGGCAUUUUCAUUAUUAGAUACUUAUCGAGACUCGAAACCCCCAUCAUCCCCAUCCCCC